UGGGCAUGGCAGGCUCAGAUAAAAGCAGAGCUAUCUACAGCCUCGUUCUUUGGCAGAGGGAGAUUAAAGAUGUCUACAUCAUGAAGAGUGUCAUAUGAAUAAUAACCAUGACAGCUUGACCUAAUGCAACAGAGCCAAAACAAACAAACAAAAACCCCCAAAAUAAAACAACCACUAAUGAAAAAACUUACCUGUUUGUUUAGGCAACUGGAAUGAGGAAAUAUAACCAUACGUAAUAAGCUAAUAACCUGCCAAAAGUACCUGCAACUUCUUUUUUUAUUUAUUUUUUUUUUAUUUGCCAGCGGCUGGCCGCUGGCUGUUUGGCUGCUUGUUAUCUUCCUACCUGCUUCAUGUCAUCUACUUUGUACUUUGAGCUUUGGAAUUUGAUUUUUUUUUGUUCUCUUUCUGCUUAUAUUAGCAGCUUCUCUGAGGAAGAUCAGUGAGCCUGUUGGGACCGAGAAGUGAGAAAAACCAUCAAGGCUUACAGCAAGGAUAUCUGUACACUGCUUCCCUGUACCCUGACAGAAAGGAGGAAUGGGCUGUAACAGAAACUGUGGGCUCAUCACCGGGGCCAUCAUUGGUGCUGUGCUGGCUAUCUUUGGAGGAGUUCUAAUACCAGUUGGAGAUAAUCUGAUAGGCAAAGCAGUAAAAAAGGAAGCUGUCAUUGUCAAUGGUACUGCUGCUUUUCAAAAUUGGCUUGUGCCAGGAAGCUCAGUUUUCAGGGAAUUUUGGAUUUUCCAUGUGUUAAAUCCUUCAGAGGUUAUGGAUGAGGGGGCUCAACCAAAAUUUGAACAAAGAGGACCUUACACAUACAGGGUGCGAUAUUUACCCAAAGAAAAUGUCACAGAAGGUGAGAAUGGCACAAUAUCCUACAUGUUGCCUAACGCUGCUGAUUUUGAACGUGGUAUGUCUGUUGGGCCAGAAAAUGACACCGUGACCGUCCUCAACCUCGCUGUUGUAGCUGUACCUGCCGUGUUCCCAAGCAGUUUAAUGCAAUCAAUAAUAAACACUUGGGUUAAAUCUUCCAAGUCAGCCAUUCUUCAGAACAGAACAGUCCAAGAAAUACUGUGGGGAUACAAGGACCCCUUCUUAGACCGUGUCCCCUUCCCCACUGUGAACCCAAUUGUGGGAGUCUUCUACCCGUAUAAUGGGACAAGUGAUGGACCUUACACUGUGUACACUGGGACAGAAGAUAUUGCACAAACAGCAGUAAUUGAAAGCUAUAAAAAUAAAAGGACUCUUUCUUACUGGGAAGGUCACUGUGAUAUGGUUAAUGGCACAGAUGGAGCAUCCUUCCCACCAUUUGUUAAGAAGGAUCAGGUGCUACGUUUCUUCUCCUCUGAUAUUUGCAGAUCAAUCUAUGGAGUUUUCUACGGCAAGCAGGUUGUGAAGGGAAUCACACUGUAUCGUUUUGUAGUUCCUCGUGAAGCAUUUGCAUCGCCAGCUGAAGUCGGAGACAAUUAUUGCUUCUGUACAGAUACAGAAAUAUCAAAGAACUGCACGGUAGCUGGAGUCCUGGACAUCAGUGCCUGCAAAGCAAAAAGACCGGUAUAUAUCUCUCUUCCUCAUUUUCUUCAUGCAAGUGAAUCUGUAUUGCAAGAUGUUGAAGGCCUGAGUCCAAAUGAAAAGGAGCAUGAGACAUAUCUAGACAUAGAGCCCGUGACUGGUUUGACACUACGAUUUGCAAAAAGGCUGCAAGUAAACCUCCUUGUGAAGCCUUCAAAAUAUAUCGAGCCUUUAAAAAAAGUUAAAAAACCCUAUGUGUUCCCUCUUCUUUGGCUAAAUGAGUCUGCUGUUAUUGGGGAUGAGAAGGCAGAAAUGUUCAGAAGUAAAAUCUCCGCUCGGCUCGAGCUGCUGAGCAUGCUGCAGAUGGCAUUAAUGAUCGGAGGCUCUGUGCUGUUCCUGGCCUUCAUGGGGUCCUAUUUCAUAUGCAGGUCGACGAAUACGAAAUAA